AUGGAAUCCACCGUCAACUCAUCUACUGUGGUGGCUGACGAUGCCUUUGAUGCUCCGCCGCAACUCGAGGGGAUCGCGGCCGUGGUUGGCUACCACGUUCUCUUCGGCCGGCCGCCGCCGAGCUCUUCGUCGCCCGGCGGGAGCGAGAGGACGGCGGCGGUUGAUGGCGCGGCGGGCGCCGUGGCGCCGAUUAACUACCGAGGAGUGAGGAAGCGGCCGUGGGGGCGGUGGUCGGCGGAGAUACGCGAUCGGGUGGGGCGGUGCCGGCUUUGGCUGGGGACGUUCGACACGGCCGAGGAGGCGGCGCGCGCGUACGACGAGGCGGCGCGGCGGCUGAGGGGGGCCAAGGCGCGCACCAACUUCGCCGUCCCUCCGUCGUGCAUGCUACCGGCGGCUCCCGUCGGUAGCUCCUCUCCGCCGACCUCUGCCUCCGCUCCCGAUCCCGCCGCCGCUGGCGGCGGCGUUGGGUCGACGAUGAAGAAGAAGCAGAGGCGAAGGAGGGCGGAGGAGGGGGAAGCGAUCAGCGACAAGAGGAGCAAAGCGGUGACGAGAUUCGCGCAGUUGUUCGGGCCUUCGAGUUCGAGUGCGGGAGUGAACAAAACUGAUGUGGAUGGGAUUUGA